GUGUGCAUUAACGGAAUGAUUUAAACAGGAUUCAGAAAAUCACUUUAUAGGGAGGUUACAAUCUUCCGAGAAUCUGGCAGUAAGCCUCAUCAAGACAAAAUACAGUCUGGCGGUUCUCCUGAUUAGCUAUUUUACAUUCCAUCUCUAUUGAGGACAGUCUGAUCAAUUGCCAAGUGUGAUUCAAGCAUGAUGUUUAUGUUUGGCCUUCUCUCUCCAAUGCUGACUCUUCCUUGGCACCAACCCACUUUGCUACCAUAGCAACUACAAUUGACUGUCUGGGGGCCAUCUGAAGACUUUAUUUCUUUCUGAAGCUCAUAAAAUCACCUGGAUUCAUCCAUCCCUGGGUUCCUGCUUAGUCAUGUAGUCGAGGAAGGAAAAACAAGAAGAAAAAAAAAGGCAGUUCCAUCCCAAGCACAAGGCUGGCCUAGGUAGGACUCAUUCCCAUGGCUAUAUGGGACCAGGUGGGAAAUAAAGUUUCUACCAUCCCCCUAUCUGACUCUUCCUGGCACAAAUUCAAAACAGUUUUUCAUAUUUAGAAACUGGAAAGGAAGAGAAGCAGGGUGCGACUUUAACAUGUACCAGAAGUUCUAGUUCAGCAAUCAAAGAUAGACACAACCCAGUGAUGUCAUUCGUAGCCUGAGGAGGCAGAAGAUAUUUGCAUACCUUGGUUUCCAUGGUUACCAAGAAUCGUGACUGAGCAUGCUCCAAAAAGAAGGGGUGAGGGAGAAGAAGACAAGAUCUCUAUCCCUUCCAGAUCCAAGAGGCCAGGAUUCCAUGACUGAUCCAGGGACCGGUAGCAACUCUGACUCCAAAUUCUCUGCUAUUUGCUACCCAAAGUCUUUAGGUGCAGUGGAAGCAAUAUCCAUCUAAUCCAUCAAAUAAAUCUUCAUUCAUGGAAAGAAGACUCCUGAAAAGAGAAAUUAAAAAACUUCUGUGUGACUAUGUGGGCAUCCGACUUCGGGAAAACGAAUUUGACCCAAAAGGAAGAAGGCAACUCUCCUAUUUAGAUGAUAUGGCUCAUUAUGAUUUGGCCAUCAGUGUCGCGUUACAGUGGCUCGGUUACAAAGAAGACCAAAUACCUUUGGAUUGGGAGAAAGUGAAGGUACCAUUCCAUAGCAGGCAUGUAUUUCCUAAUCGUCUUGAACGAGAAGCUAUGAUUUUAUCAUUUUAUGCUGGGAUCCUAAUGAACAGUCUCCCCAUUGAAGAAAUCUUUGAAAUUUAUAGUAUUUACCCCUCUUCAAAGAACUGGCCUGGUGCUAAGAAGGUUCCUCGGGCCCAAAGUAUUCAUCUCUCAUCACAUCCUUUUGCCAUGCUAACAGCUUCCAAGGCAGUAGAACAUGCUCAGAAACAAAGUGUCAAGUUACGCAGUAGAAUAGCCUGUAGAAAUGCCACCAGCAGCUCAAUAACAAUGAAGGCAAUGGAGUCAAAGUCAGCAAAAGGCUCAGAAAACCAUCGAAAGACAAAAGUCUCCAAAGAAGUUGAAAUUUGGCAUCAAGGCAAAGAGAGAAUUGACAACCAAAUUCACAGUAAGAAAAACACCAUCUGAGAAGACAAAACCUUGCUCUCACCUCUUUCCAUAGAUACCACCUUCAAGCAACACCAGCCUCGCCACUAGCCUAUACUCUUGUGUUUUCUGCUAUUUUGUUGUUGUUUUCUAGAAAAGUGCUCUUUCUUUGACUCUGGUUAUUCAGAUAGGUGUGGGCCUACCCCUGUGCACUGAGUUGUUGGCCAGGCAUGGGCCUAGUCUGCUCUAUGCAUUCUAACACUGUGAAGUACGUUUGAAUAGAUUUCCCUCUAAUUAUUUGCUGUUUAUACUUCUAUCCUUUUGCUUUGUAUCUCAGCACAUUUCAACUCCUUGGCACAUUCUUCAAAUGCUAACCUCUGAAUGUUCUUUUUCUUUCAUAGAAAUGAGAGAGUAAGACACUUAGU